AGCGGCUGAGAGCUCUUCUAUGAGCAGCUCAGGAGCCCUGUCUACGACAAUAGCAGUUUUCUCGUCCGCGGCUCUCAGCUCAUACAUAUCGACGUCCACCACUGAGUUAAUAGAAGUCCUCACCUCUUUACCAGCUAUCUCAACGCCAGCGCUCUCAACCUCAUCAAGCUCAAGCUGCCCCACACACUCCCCCUUCACCUGGACAAUAACAGUAACCACAACCCUAACAUCAACAACCUACCUCCCCUCCUUUUCAUUUUCCUCUUCCUCAUCCACCCAGGCCCUGAAUUCUUCCUCCCCCUCCCCCUCCUCAUCCACAACAACACUAACCCUCUCCCUCCCCCCCUCACAAACCUCCCUCUUCAUCUCCGCCAGCCCCCUCACCCUCGCCUCAACCAUCACACACCCCUCGACCACGGUCCCCGUAACCACGACGCUGGUCUCCAGCGCGCCGACGGGGACGCCGAACCCGGCGGCGCUGCACUGCGGCGUGCACGGGCUGGCGGACGGGGAUUGGUUUAUGGGGAGUUAUGAUAUGGAUGAUAUGUUGCAGGAGGUUACUUUGGGCGGGUGUUAUGAGUUUUGUUUGGCGGAUUAUAACUACGAUGGAAGCUGUAUCUCAUACGAGUUCUACCCCGCGGAUGGGACGGGGGCGCCGAGGUGUAAUCUCUAUAGUGCGAGUGUGGCGGAUAGUUUGGAGAGUGUGAAUCCGUAUGUGCCGAAUGUUUGGAGUGAUGUUUUGUGUGGGAGUCCUGUUUAGAGUAGGCUGGGCUGGACUAGGAGAAGAGGGAGAGGAGAGGAAAGGGGAUGUGGUAAUGGAGAUGUGUUGGGAUGAGACGAGUAUCUUUAUGUUUGGAUAGUAGUACUAGGGAUCUGGAGUUUGGUUUGUUAGAAUAAGAAUUGGGGUUG